CAUGCUGGUAGUUGCCAAUUACAUGUUGCCGGUUGCAAACCCGUUAAGAUUUGUACACUCAUGACAUGGUUGUAGAACUUUUUGGUUGUUUCAUGGUUCAUAUGUAAUGUGUACAGCAUAUUUUCACUUGUCUGGAGUCGACAUUGUAUGGUACUGUUUUCUUAAGCUGAGACACAGAAUUCUAUAGCACUUUGAACGCGCAUAGGAAUGGAGCUAGCGAGCGUUGGUCGGCCUGAAUGGGGGAUAAAAGAAGUUUAUUCUAGAUGGGGAACAGCUAAGGGAGGACUGUUGUACAGACCAGACAAUGUGAGAGAACAUACGGCUGUAAGCGGAUCAAGAGUUUGUGACUGAGGAGGCUAUAUUAACGAAACUAAAUUCACAACGAUUUCAGGCUCGGUAGAUAGUUUUGUUGGGGACAACUUUUUUUGUAAGAAAGUUUCCUGCGGGGAAAUUCUUGAGUAAACCAGGUGUUUGUAACUACGCUAUAUAUUUUGCGGUUUUGCGUGGUCACGCUAUAGAAAUGUGCAACAGGAAAAAUAGUUUUCAGUUCAGAGUGUAACCCCCAGUGGCUACAACAUACUGUGUUCUAUGGUUUAUUUAUAAGAGACAGUCCGCAGCCGCGAGUCAGUGCCCAGUGUGAAAACACUGCGCGCCUUUGUGCAAAGCCGACGUUGCCAGCUAAACUGUGGUCUGAAGUGAGCUCCCCUGGGGGACACCGCACACAUACCUUGCCGACUAAAAAUUCUUUGGGCUUCCAUUUCUUUUGCGUGAGUUCCUUUCUUGGGUUCAUAACCAUAUUUUGUCCUAUCCGAGUCAAGAUUUUCUGUGUUCAUGAUUUAGGUGUCUGAAUAUUUUUAUUAUAAUGUUGGGUUGUUUUAUCUUUUUUUUUAACUGACGUGGUAGCUGUUCAUUUCUUUCUCCUGUGUAAUUUGGAUUACUCACUUUGAUGGAUGCACUUACAAACCGUGCCACUGGACAGCUACCGCAAACAUCUGAUUAUACAAGUAUGUUUAAAUCGUACGUCUCCUUCUGGCCAGUAAUGGCGUUGUUAAUACUUGGGAUUCCUGGGGCGCAUUCAGCCAAAUGUCCAAAAUUGUGCGUAUGUGACACAGUACAACUCACGGUUGCGUGCGUCAACAAGAAUUUAACGGCGGUUCCCCCGACUAUUGAUGAGAUCACGGUGAAGUUAGACCUGAGAGGGAACGACAUCCAGGAGCUUCCUACUAAUGCCUUCAAACACACGCCAUACCUUACCCACCUGUCCAUGCAGCGCAGCAACAUCCGCACGGUGCGCGAGGGCGCAUUUCGUGGCCUGGGUCGGCUCGUCUUUCUGAACCUGGCCAACAACAACAUUGAAAUUCUCUUUCAGGAGUCUUUCGAUGGACUGUCCUCCCUGAAGCAGCUUCUUAUUGACCGAAACAGGGUGGAGGAGAUCAAGCCGGGGGCUUUCUCUCAGCUUGGCUUCCUCAACCUGCUCUCCCUCACCCACAACCAGCUGGUGUACCUGCCCAAUAUGGUCUUCCAGGGCCUACAAAACAUCAAGUGGCUGCGCCUUAGUCACAACUCUCUCAAUAACCUGGCCCUCGAGGCUUUCGCUGGCCUCUUCACUCUCACAAGACUCAGCUUGGACCACAAUGAGCUCCAGUUUUUCCCAACCGAAACUAUGACCAGACUUCCAGAGGUGACACGUUUGGAUCUGAGCUACAACCCCAUGACCUACCUGGGUGAGGACGCUGUCUCCAUGUCCAAGCUCACCCACCUCCUCCUGGACCACAUGUCCUUGCAGGACUUCUCCAACACUGCUGUGCUCCCCACCAAGAGCCUCACUCACCUGGACCUGAGCCACAACCAGCUGCGCGUCCUGCAGCCGCUGGCUGCCGGCUCCCCAAAGCUAACACGCAUCAACUUAGCUGGGAACCCCAUCUACUGCAGCUGCUACCUGCGGCCGCUGCGGGAGUGGGCCCUGCGGGAAAAGGUACGACUCGGUGGCACCUGUGGAGGCCCGCCUCACCUGUCCGGGGAGAACCUGGAGGCAGUGCAGCCGGUGAAUUUGCGGUGUCAGAGCCAGGAGGCCAUGCUGAAGGCUGAGCUGGAGGAGCAGGAGAGGGUUACCCUGCCCACCACUCCACCCCCAAACAAGGUCAAGUGUCCAGAUGACUGCCACUGUGAGGCUGAUAUCUUCCAUUCCUCCUGUGAGAACCGAGGCCACACCAAAGUCCCUCGCGGCUUUGCCCCAGUCACUCGCCUACUGGACUUGCGUGGCAACCACUUCCACUACCUCCCUAGCAACAGUUUCCCUGGCAUCCCCGAAGUGGUUUCCCUCCACCUGCAGCGCUGCAAGAUCCACGAGCUGGAGACGGGGGCCUUCAAUGGCAUGAAGGGCCUCAUCUACCUCUACCUGUCUGAGAACGACCUCAGCUCACUCAGUCCCGACACCUUCAAGGGCCUGCCACAGCUCACUUACCUCCACCUGGAGAAGAACCGCUUCACCCAGUUCCCCAAGGGGGCAUUCAAGCUGCUGCCCGGCUUGUUGGCACUGCACAUGGAGAACAAUUCCAUUGGGAAGCUGGAGGCCGGGGUUUUGGCAAGUGCGGAGCACCUGAGGGGGCUGUACCUCACCUCAAACGUCAUCAGCAGCGUCUCUCCGAGGGCUUUUGACCCCGCACCUCACCUCGACACUCUCCAUCUGGGGAACAACAAGCUGAAGGACGUGCCCAGCGAUGCCCUAUCCAAGGCCAGCAGCCUGGGUGAGCUCCGCCUCUCUGGGAAUCCCAUUCGCUGGGUGGCUGCUGAGGCGUUCCGGCCAGUUGGGGUCACCCUGAAACACCUUUAUCUUGACAACAUGGGUUUAGAGAAGAUGUCUAAGGACUCUCUGUCUGGGCUGGGGUCUGGCCUGCAGAGCCUCUUCCUGGAGGGGAACUACAUGGAGGAGGUGCCCGACCUGAGGCCUCUGACUGGGCUGGAGGUCAUAAACCUGGCGGAGAACCCUUUUCACUGUGACUGCCCACUGCUGCCUCUACGCAAGUGGCUUGAGAAGGUGAACCUGAAGGUCAGAGCCACCUGCGCUCACCCGCCAGAGCUGAAGGGUCAAAGGGUCAAGGACAUCCACAUCUUCAAGAGCUGUCCAGGCGAGAGGCCAUCCUCCACACAAGCCCCCCGCACCUCCAAGCCCCCAAAAGCCACCAAGCCCAAACCUGCCCUCCUAAACGGACCCAAGGUAGUCCGCGUGAUGAAGGCCAGAGCCAGGCCAGGCAAGAGGCACACCCAGCCCCAGACACCACAGCUGGCAAAGCAAGCCACAGUUAAGAAGAGGAAAGUGGUGUGAUUCAUGCAGGAUCCAUCACAUAUAUUCAGUGGUAGCUUAGUUACUACAAAGGACAACACAUCUGGAGCCACACAUGGAUGUCCGUUGAUUUAGAUUCUCUCACUUCCAGAUUUUUGUAUUCAAACUACAUUCAUAUAUUAGUGUUCUGAGGUGGCCACCGUUCAGAGAUAAGGACAUAUUCAGUAUGUAUUGGAUAACUGUGAUGUUGAUCAUGUAACAAUGUUGCCCUUUUUUUUUUAGUAAGGAGUGUUUACUCAAGUGAUGUCUUGUUUUCAACAUCUAUUCAUUUGGUUGUGAAUGUAAUUCGAGCUAGCCUAAAACCAGUGUUAUUGUUCAGACUAACAGUAAACCAUCACAGUUAGAUUAUGUUAUUCCAGCAGAGCUGCAUAAAAGC